CUGCAAGGUCUCUGAGUUGUGUUCUUGUGAAGUUUAAAGAUGGCUUUGGUUCAUGAUGAAAUGAGCAUCUGGAGUAAGCCAUGGGAUCACAGGUUUCACUUGUAUGGAGGACAAGUGUGUAAUACACUAAUGACAGGUUGCUGGGAUGACAGAACACCUCUACACGAUGCUGCUUUGCAAGGAAGAUUGCUGCCAAUGCGAAGACUCCUUUCACAGGGCUACAAUGUGGGAAUAGCUACAUUAGAUGGAAUCACACCACUGCAUGAAGCAUGUGUUGGAGGCCACUUUACCUGUGCAAAACUUCUCCUGGAGCAUGGUGCUGAUGCCAACGCUGUCACUUUAGAUGGAGCCACUCCCCUCUUCAGUGCAUGCUGUAGUGGAAACCCUGCCCUGGUCAGUCUCAUUCUGAUGUACAGCUCUGUGCACCAUCCAGCUCAUCUGCAGAGCUCACCUCUCCAUGAAGCAGCAAAGAGAGGUCACACAGCAUGCGUUGAACUGCUGCUGUCCAAUGGUGUGAAUGUGGACAUGGAGGUUCCCAGCAUAGGAACACCACUGUACUGUGCGUGUGAAUCAAAGGCAACGGAAUGUGUACAGAUCCUGCUGACCUCAGGUGCUGAUGUGCAAUGUGGGCGGGGUCUUGACACACCUUUACAUGCUGCAACCAGGGUGGGCGGGGCAAAGGAGGUGGAGCUAUUGUUAGAGCACGGGGCUGAUCGGACAUCAAAGAACUCUGAAGGAAAAAAACCUCUGGAGUUGACUACAGAUCAGAGCAUUAAAAAUCUCUUGCAGACUACAGGUACAUGCUCUCUGUCUCAGCUGUGCAGAUGGUGCAUUCGGCGUUCCCUGGGACAAAAAGGACUAAACAAAACCAAAAUGCUUUCUUUACCACAUAUCCUGCACAAUUAUCUUCUCUUUCAUUAA